GAAUCAGUUCAUGUGACUUACCGUGGACAUGGUGGUUUCUGUUCUGACUGACAUUGUCUGCUGUAGGGUAUGGUGCAACACUUUGUUUCACCAGCCACACCUUUCCACGCCUCCUAACAAGGCAGUUGCCAGACUCAAAGAUAUAAGGGAGUUGUCUGCAGCUAUGGAGUAGGUUAUUUGCUUCACAGCGCAACUAUCGGACUUCACGGAAACAUGUUAUGGACGAUAUUCUUACUGAUUAUUGGACUGCUUAUACUAGCUUUCCUUUACUUCAGGCGCACAAGACAGAAAAAUGAGCCACCUCUGGACAAAGGUUUUAUUCCAUGGUUGGGACAUGCCCUUGAUUUUGGAAAAGAUGCUGCAAAGUUUUUGGCCCGGAUGAAAGAAAAACAUGGGGAUAUCUUCACAGUCCGUGUUGCUGGCCAUUACGUGACAGUGCUGUUGGACCCAAACUCUUUCGAUGCCGUGAUAAAUGACACAGUGUUCUUGGACUUCACCCGCACCAGAAACCAGCUCCUACAAAGGAUCUUCAGUCUGCAGCUGCCAAGCAUCAAGCCGACAGCAGAGAGGAAAUGGAUGGAACAGCAUUUUCAAGGUCUGCAUCUGUCCAAGCUCAGCAGUUCCAUGAACAUUCACCUUCGGAACCUGCUGCUGAGCGACCAGAAAGGCUUUGGCCCUUCAGAGUGGAGACAGGAUGGGCUCUUUAGCCUAUGUUACAGCCUCCUCUUCAGGGCUGGAUAUCUUACAUUGUUUGAGAGGAGAGACGAGGCUGCAGCAGUCUACAAAGAGUUCCGCAAGUUUGACAGUCUCCUCAUCAAACUGGCUCGCUGCUCACUCAAGCGAGAGGAAAGCAAAACAGCCAACUCAUCCCGGGAGCGACUGUGGGAGCUGCUGUCCCCAAGCUGUCUGAACGGAGGGUCAGAGUCGAGCUCCUGGCAGCAGGGCUACCAUCACUUCCUGCAGGAGGAAGGAGUAGAUGCGGAAAUGCAGAAAAGAGCUCUACUGUUGCAGCUGUGGACCACACAGUGUAACGCUGGACCUGCUGCCUUUUGGCUUCUUGGCUUCCUGCUCACUCACCCUGAGGCCAUGGAGGCUGUCAAAUCAGAGAUCAGACUUCUUACUCUCCAGGACACUUCACUACAGCAUCCCCCCAUCAACAAGCUGGAAGCACGCAGCACACCAGUGUUUGAUAGCGUUCUGAGCGAGACCCUACGGCUCACCGCUGCGGUAAUGAUCAACAGAGAGGUGGUGCAGGAUAAGAUCCUGCGCAUGGCCAAUGGACAGGAUUACCACCUCAGACAGGGGGACAGAGUGUGUCUGUUCCCUUUCCUCAGCCCUCAAAUGGACCCAGAGAUACACCAGGACCCACAGAUCUUCAAGUAUGAUCGCUUCUUAAAUGAAGAUUUUACAGUGAAGGAUAAAUUCUACAAGGAUGAAAAAAGAUUGAAGUACUACCACAUGCCUUGGGGCGCAGGGAGAAACAUCUGCGUUGGGAAAGAGUUUGCUGUUACAGCCAUUAAACAAUUUGUGUUCUUGCUCUUGACCCAUCUUGACGUGGAGAUGUGUGACCCGGAGGCCAAACUGCCACCAGUUAAUUCCAGUCGCUACGGUUUUGGGAUGCUCCAGCCUGACGGAGAUCUGCAGGUUCGGUACCGGCUGAAGAGGACACAACAUGAAACGUGACUUGAUAAUUUGAUGAAUUGAUGAAAUAGUUGAUUGACUAACCUUUUUGGUCAUAUGUAUUGUAGCACUAUUUAUUCGGUGAUGUUUACUGAGUGCACCUAUACAUCAUAUUUAACUUAGCUGUGUGUAAUUAUAUUUUUAAUAAAAAAUGAAAUUGACAUUUCCCAUUUUUGAUAUACUACAAAUGGCCUCUGUACUUUGGUCUAAACCUAGUUGAAUAUUUCUAGUCUUUGGCAAAAUGUGGAAUACAAAAUUUGAUUAAGUGUAAGGUUUAUGUGUCAAAGUGUAUCUAAAUAUGUACAUUUACUCUAGCACUGUACUUGAGUACAAUUGUGGGGUACUUGUACUUUACUUGAGUAUUUCCAUUUCAUGCUACUUUAAACCUUUACAUUUUUAGAGGGAAGUAUUGUACCUUUUACGGCACUAUAUUUA